ACAUCCAGUCAAAACCGGUCAAAAACGAUUUUGCAGGAAUUUGACCAGAAUGUAAACACCGCUUGGGACUUGGCACGGAGUUUUAGUUCGGUUCAGAAACAAUCAUGGCUUCCAGUUGUCGAAUGGGUCUGUCUAACUGACUGGGCUCCGUAUAUUUGACCAUCUCCUGCAUAACUGUUGAUUCACCAUCAUGACCAAGGACAUUGUCGUUGGAGAUGAAUUACCGGACUGGGUGGGGGCGAAGGAGUUUUACCAGAAAUACGACCCCAAAGAGGUGAUCGGCCGCGGUGUGAGCAGCGUGGUGAGAAGGUGUGUGCACAGACACACAGGUCAGGAGCUGGCAGUGAAGAUUAUCGAGAUCACAGCGGAGAAGAUGACAGUCCAGCAGCUGGAGGAAGUGAAGACCUCCACCCUGAAGGAGAUCCAGGUUCUCAACAUGGUUAAGGGGCACUCCUCCAUCAUUACCCUCAUUGAUUCCUAUGAGUCCACAACGUUCAUAUUUCUGGUGUUUGACCUCAUGAGAAGAGGAGAGCUGUUUGACUACCUCACAGAGAAAGUUACUCUGAGUGAGAAGGAGACUAGAAGCAUAAUGCGAGCUCUGCUGGAGGCUGUGGAAUACCUGCACUCCCUCAACAUUGUUCACCGGGAUCUGAAACCUGAGAACAUUCUCCUUGAUGAUCAUGGGCACAUUAAACUCUCUGACUUUGGCUUCUCUGUGCAGCUACAACCUGGAGAGAAGCUCAGAGAGCUCUGUGGAACACCUGGUUAUUUGGCCCCUGAAAUACUGAAAUGUUCCAUGGAUGAGAUGCAUCCAGGCUAUGGCAAGGAGGUGGACCUCUGGGCCUGUGGGGUCAUCCUCUUCACCCUACUGGCCGGAUCGCCUCCUUUUUGGCACCGCAAACAGAUGCUGAUGCUGAGGAUGAUCAUGGAGGGGCGCUAUCAGUUCAGCUCCCCAGAGUGGGACGACAGAUCUGACACCGUGAAAGACCUGAUAUCCAGGCUGCUGGUGGUUGAUCCCACUGGCAGGCUUACUGCAGAACAAGCUUUAGCUCAUCCCUUCUUCAGGCUGUAUCAGAAGGAGGACGUUCGUCUCUUUAGUCCUAGGAAGACAUUCAGGGUAUUGAUAGUGAGCGUGCUCGCUUGUAUCAGGAUGUACAGCCGGUACCGCAGGGCCCGGCCUCUGACCCGGGAGGUGCUGGCCAGAGACCCUUACUCCCUCCGCGGCGUCCGCAAGCUGAUCGACGGCUGCGCUUUCCGCAUCUACGGCCACUGGGUGAAGAAGGGCGAGCAGCAGAACCGGGCCGCUCUGUUUCAGAACACAGCUAAGAUUGUGCUGCUGGGCCUGGAGGACUUUGAGACGUAGAACCAGUUCAACCUAGUUCCUGAGCCUGUCGAUUUUUAUCUUGUUUUAUUUAACCAUGUGCAUGUGCUGUCAUAUCGUGUCAGUAUUUGUCCAGAUGUGUUACUGUUUGAUUCUGAUAUGUUCAAUUCAGGGAUCAGGAAAUCUGUGUGCCUUGCAGCACACUGAGGCACGUUGCAAGUUCAAUACGCACGUAUAUGUUGAUAUUCCUUAUCUGUGUUGAUCCAAGAUUGUGACUAUUUGAACCUUUUUUUCUCUGUUAGUUCAUCCUGUUUGCAACGCACUUUGUAGUAAGGGACACAUUGCACAACAAUUUGUUGGAACCUGUAUAAGUAUGCUAUGUAUAUUUACAUUUUACCUGCUAAUCAUUUAUUUUAAUGAUGCUCUUCCAAGCAUUGCACAAGUUAAUUGGAACUGAAACCAUUCAGAUUAUUUUUAUAGACACGUAGAUGUUGUUUUAAUGUUCAAAUGUAACGCUCUUCCAGAGCUGAAUAUCAGUACUGUAGGAUGUGUUUGAAACAGUCGAGAUGAUUGGAGAGGAUAACCACUCACACUGAUUGUAAAAACUAGGAGCAACAGUUCCUUCUCUGCUCUGAUUUGUAACAUUUCCAUUUAAAGUGCCUGCUUGAGAAAUGCAGAACUGAAUGGUACUGUAUGUGCGUACAAAUGUUUUACUGGCAAUAAAACAGAUGUUUAAAUUGUUUUAUUUAACGACA